AUGUGGGUGCUACGAGACUACUUCUUCCCAUGUUGGUUUCCACCGAUUUAUACUGCUGAUGGAUUUUUGAAGGUACAGUAUAGGUUUUUCGUUUGUUUUCUGAAAACAAAGUUGUUGCCAUUUUAUGUUCUGUAAAGAAAGUUUUUUCUAUUUUCUUGUUUUUAAUACAGGCUUUGCGAUUUUAUUUGCUGUAACAAGUUAUUGCCAUUUUAGGAAGAGUUGGAACAAAGAAAACAAGAAAUAUUAAUGAAAAAUGGCUACCAAACAGCUUUGGUGUUGCCCACAAAACUCAUGAUAGUACCACCAACUUCGAGGGCUAGUCGAUUGUCACGCUCUCAACCGGAUGUUUUUACAAUCAAUAUUGAAAGCGACAGCGAUGCCGUUUCAUUCCGGUAG